AAUUCUCGUUCGCAUGGAGAGGCUUCCGGCUUCACGCUGAAUGGGCAGCCCGUUGCACUAUUCGCUUAGUAGGUCAAGCUCUGAAGUUGACCCCCAACCAAAAGAUUAUUAAUGCUAAUCGUUAAAUACGAUUUUAAUUAUAUUCUUUCCUCCAAAAUACACGAGAUGCAUUGAGAAUUUAUUGCGGGUUAACCAUCCGCUGUCGGGAGAAGAGAAGUUUAGUGACCCCCUUUACGAGAACAAGCCGACGGUAUUGGGGCCCUGGAGAGAGAGAAAAGGAAUGCCAAGGUAAGACGCGAGUCACAGUGUCAGACGGUGUAGCGGUACCUCGGCUGUUGCUCCAAUACAUGACAAAGGUGUGAGAAAUGACCCUUCCUAUUGUGAAUUGUGCACACAAAAUAUGAGAUUCGUAUUCAUUGGAAUAUUAACGGCCGUUUUAAAUGUUCUGCCCUUAUCAAAAUGUGAGGAAAACGAUGUCUACAGGGGGAAGCAUCUGGGAAAUAUAAAUUCCUAUCAUCAUCAGGUGACAGGAGAUGUGUACGCCGUGGAUGAAUACACAUUGCUUUUUAUAAAUUUCAACUACGAUGGAAACGGUGCAGACACCUUCUUUUGGGCUGGAGCUUCCAACAGGCCUGGACCCCAAGGCUUCAUAGUUGCUGAUGAAUAUGGAAAAACGAAUGUUUUGGCAAGAUAUUUCAACAAAGACUUUACACUUACACUACCUGACAAGAAAAAAAUAACUGAAAUAAAAUGGUUUGCAGUAUAUGAUUUGUCUAGCCAAAAUACAUUUGGUGAUAUAUACAUUCCGGAAGAUUUUGAGCCCCCUGCUACACAAAGGAUUUCUCAGUUUUCUGCUGUAGCACAUAACGUUUCGUCAGAAUCUAUUGAAAUUAUUGAUGCAAAAACUCUUAAAAUACCAGAUUUCAGAUAUGAUGGUUUGGGGAAAGAUACAUAUUUUUGGGUUGGUCAAGGACCUCAACCUUCUUCAAAAGGAACAAAAAUUCCAGAUGAAUAUGGAUAUUUGGAUCCAAUUAGAGCUUACAAGGGGGAGCAUAUAACCUUACAACUACCUGGUGAACUGACAAUAUUUGACAUUGAUUGGUUGAGCAUAUUUGAUGUUGAUAGUAAAGAAAACUAUGGAUCAGUUAUUAUUCCUGAUGGCUUGAAUGUACCACCUUCUCUUGUCAAAGUCAUUCCGUAUGAGAAUUCCCUCCCAAAUUGCUUGCAGUUGCAUAAGGAUCUUCAAGUUGGUUGGGAAAUAUUUGGUCCUCAAAUCACAAUUCAACUUGCUGGUCAAGUUGGUGAAGAUGACUACAUGGCAUUUGGACUAAGUGGAUCCACUGAAAAGAGUCAAAUGAUAGGUGCUGAUGCCACAAUUGCAUACAUAAGUGGCUCUCUGGGACAUGCUCACGAUUACAACAUAACAGCCAAAGCUCCAUGUGCUAAAGUUCUGGGGCAGUAUAAAGGAGUGUGUAGAGAUUCAUUAUUGGGAGGUGAUGAUAACAACCAACUUCACACAGCUAGUAGAGAAAAUGGAAUAAAUAUUAUAACUUACCGCCGCACACUUAUUUCAUCUGAUCAUGGAGAUAAAGAAUAUCCCACAGAUGGAAUUUCUUAUGUAAUUUGGGGCAUUGGACGCCUAAAUCACAAUAAGGAACCAAUGUUUCAUGAUUUUUAUCCUAAAAGUGACAUUAAAGUGGAAUUGAACCGUAAAGAAAAAGAAAGUAAUUGUUUCAAGUUCACACGUGCUCAAGAAAGUUUCAGGGAACCCUGGGCUAAAUCUUCCAUUACGGACAGUAAGAUUCGCUCUUUCACUGCAACAAUAGGGCCAUCAGGUGGGAAAAGAGGAUAUCAAGGAAUAACAAAUAUGACAUCUCCUGGUUUAUCGUGGUAUAUCAAUGGGUAUCUGGCCCCAGAAUUAAAGUUACAACGUGGACUCAUUUACACAUUUUAUAUAUAUGGAGGCAAUAAUCCGCAUAGUGCAGAGCAUUAUCAUCCAUUUAUACUAACUGAUGAACCACAUGGAGGAUUUGAUCGCUUAAGUGAAGAAGCUCAAAAGAGAGUUCGUGUUCUGGCUGGGGUAGAAUUUAAUAGAAGAGGCCAAGCCAAACCAACCACAACUGGUCCUUUGUGCAUCGCUAAACAUGAUGGGAAAGAUAGAAGAUUAGAUGAUGAUUUUUCAACAUUUAGGAAAUUCAAUCGAACUCUUAUGGUUACAUGUGAAGAAGGUGAUCCUGGAAUAUUGGAAGUGAUACCUAACAAAACAUGGCCAGAUGUGGUAUACUACAAUAGUUACACUCAUAAUAACAUGGGUUGGAAAAUUCAUAUUGUGGAUAGUUAUUCACAAAGCUCGUCUGCCAAAAUGUGGAAUAACGUUUUCUGGAUUAUUCUUUCAUGGAUACUUUUGAUGUAUUUUGUUUGAAAUGUAAUGGGAAAAAGAGAGUAAUGACCAAUAAAAUAUUUAAGAUUUUU